CGUCACUCAAGACAGACAUGCAACAGUUUGUCGAAAUAUAAAGAACAGCCAUUUAACCCAGUGAACGUUUUUGGAGACACCCUGCUUGCUUGACAUAUUAUAACAAAUCAAGUUUUAGAGUAGUGAACUGACGUUAGUUUCAGCUGUAAACUAGUUUGCAAAGUUAGCUUUCUGUGAUUGAAUGUAAGCUUAUCUUGCUAGCUACUUAGCUAGCAUCUUUUGUUUUGUAAAGUGCUAUAGAUUGUAUCUAUAUGAAUAUUGUUUUGCCGAACAGUAAAUGGAUUAUAUGCAGCAUGAGUGGGUAGCUAACAAGAUGCAGUCCAGCCAGUGGUUAAUCCAGUCGCCGGAUUACGACAGUUUGAUACAAGAGGUGUCAGGUGGGCCUCCAGGGGAGAGGGAGAGCCAGGCUCCAGGUCUGCUGUUAGCGCCAGGGGUGAAGUGGGGACAGACGCCCAUCAACCAACUCACACCCUGGGAGACGGAAGAACCCCCUGCCAAACAGCAGCACAGAGAUAGUGAACCCACAGGUCCUACGUGGGCACCUCCAGUAGUAACAGUGACCCAAUCCAGUCUCCUGCCCCACUCUAUUCCCUCCGCCCCCCUCCUUCAGCCACAGGUCACUGUCCAGUCGCCCAUCAUAGGUGUACCCCUCCAUCCAAUCCCCCAUGCCCCCAUC